AUGCCUGCCAAUCGCCUGAAAUCACCGGGGCGAAGCCCUCGCACCCCAUACAGCACACAACGCAGGAGAGUGCAAUCGGCAGGUACCACUCAGCAGAGAACACUACUCUCUUACUGGAGGAACACUGGGAAUGAUCCCCAACAGAGGGAGCAGGCUCCUCCACCACCCCCGGACACAGGUAUCGAUGCCCUGCCUGAAACCGUGCUGAGAGCCAUCUUGGCCAUGCUCCCAGCUCCUGACCUAUUCCUUCGGGCCAGCCUGGUUUGCAGACAGUGGAGGAAUAUCAUCUCAAGUGAAGUGUUUUGCCGCUGGAAGAAGUGCUACUUCCGCUACCAUCAGCAGGAGGAAGGAGGAGAGCAAGAGGUCGUCUCCAUUCUGCAGGAAAACUACAUGACCCCAGAUGGCAACAAUAACCUCUGUUUACUACACAUGGCAAAGUACAUGUCUCAGACCUUCCACUGCAUGACACUGGGUUCUGAGGGAGAGCACAGGAUUCUGGAGAGUAUCAGGGGUCAGCGCCUUUAUGAGCAGGCCAGAGCCUGCAUGCCAGAGAGCAUGAUACAGACGGAGGAUCCGUGGUCAUCUCUGGCUCUGAUGCUGGUUCUGGCUGACGGGGUGGAAGAGUUGUGGCAGCUGGUGGUCAGUCUACGGAACUCUCUGACCCCUGAGCAGCUCUCAGAGUUUCUCUGGUGCUCCGCAACUCUGCUGCGCGCCAUGGCAGACAAACGGGUCAAAAUCAGCAACCGGUUGCACUAUAAUAUUUUCUACGUGUUGCACAUUAUGGAAAACAUCCUUCCCUCCAACAGAUCACAGACAGAUCAGGACAGGGACAACCAAAUGACUCCAGAACAGCAACAGAUUCUGAAUCACAACACAGAGGAAGACCAUGUGGUCAAAAUCAUGGCCUUUGCCGGUACGGGAAAGACGACCACACUGGUGCGUUACGCCAAGCAGAGGCCCUCGCUUCGCUUCCUUUAUGUCGUCUUCAAUAAACCUGCACAGACGCAGGCACAGCGCGUCUUUCCUGACAACGUCUCAUGCAAAACCAUCCACUCCCUUGCCCAUGCUGCUGUAGGACAGAGGUACCGUGAAAAGCUGGGUCUCUCUAGCCCGAAAAUAUGGUCUGUCUUCAACGUGUUGCCUCAAGGUGAACGCAGCAUUGUGUGGGCCAAGGUGGUCACUAAGACCAUCAGGAACUUCUGGGCCUCCACAGACCCUCACAUAGACACCCAGCAUGUGCCUGAAUGGUACAGGAGCACCAGUGGGCACAUGCAGCGGCCUACUGAAACUCUGAAACGGAUGUUCGUGAACAACGGCAGGCGCAUAUGGGAGAAGAUGAAGGAGGUUGAGCCAACAUCCGAGUCUGCCUAUCACAUGUAUCAUGAUGGAUACCUUAAACUGUGGCAGCUGGAAGGUGCCGAGAUGGAACACUAUGACGUCAUCUUUAUUGAUGAGGCCCAGGAUUGUACCCCAGUGACCAUGGACAUCUUGCUGUCUCAACCAUGUGCAAAGAUCUUGGUUGGAGACCCUCACCAACAGAUUUACAGCUUCAGAGGAGCAAUCAAUAGCCUGAACACAAUCCAACACACACACAUCUACUACCUGACACAGAGUUUCAGAUUUGGUCCUGAGAUCGCCUAUGUUGGUGCAACCAUACUUGCAGUCGGCAAAGGUGUGAAGAAGACAAUGGUUGGAGGAAACCAGAGAGACUCUGUGCGAGGACAGGACGUUGAGAUGCGGCGCAGGUUUCUGACGGGUGUGGGUGAAGCUGAUGGAAGGCUGGCUAUCCUCAGCCGGACAAACGCCUCCAUCUUCCAUGAGGCAGUGAGGCUUACGGACCUCAACCCAACCAGCCGAAUCUACAUCGUAGGCGGUAUCAAAGCAUUUGGCUUGAAUAAAAUUCGUGACAUAUGGGUCCUGAAGCACAGACAUCAUGGACAGAAUUUACAGAUUGAAGACUAUUUCAUCCGGCGAUUCAGUGAGGGUGCAGUGGCAGGGCUGCAUGGGUAUCCAGGUCUGUGCCAGUAUGCUGAAAUGACGGAGGAUCAGGAGCUGAUCUGGAAGAUUGGCGUGGUGGAUAAAUAUGGAGAACGCAUUCCAGGGUUGCUUGAGCGCAUCCGUGGGAGGCACCAGACAAGACUAAACCUUGCAGAAUUUAUCCUGGGCUCAAUGCAUAAGGCCAAAGGACUGGAAUUUGAUACGGUUGUCAUCACGGAUGACUUCAAAGCGCUCCAGGCCUUACCAGCUCAGGAACAUGGAGGGAAUCAAAGUAUCAUUGAAGAUGAUGACUGGAAUCUCAUAUAUAUGGCAGUAACCCGUGCAAAGAGAACUGUAUUCAUGCCCAGAACCAUCACCAAUAUCCUUGCCAAUGCCCGUGCAGGAGAGCACUUCCUGAGGACAGAGUUGACUACAGCUCCAUCAGAGAAUCUUGUGCUGCAGUGCUCUACUCCAAAAUGCUCCAACCAUGUUAAUCUAAAUACCAGCAUUUGCAUGUACAGAGUCCCCAUCACAUAUGUCGAUGGUGUGGAGAAAGGUGGUGCCGUGUGUUUGCCCUGUGUUAACAAAAUGGCAGGUCACCUGGCAUUUCUGAUGAGCCCAGGGAUAAGGCAAAUCCCCUUCCCCUAACAGCCCAGAGUGGGGCUAAAAUGUUGCUGUGAUAAUAGAAUAUCGAUGGUGAAGGCAAAGGUGAUUCAUCAUGACCAGUGGUUAUGGGCCAGCCUAAAGAUACUGUAUCUGCAGGCAGGUGCUAACUGAGUCAUUGCCAAGGGCAGAGCCAUAAAAGCUCACAAUUUUAGAUAAUUUUAUUUGACUCUUGUUUUCAUCAUUCUUUUCCAUAAGUUUACAAUGAGUUUUUUUUCUUCCAUUUUAGAAUGAACAUAUCUUACAUUGAAAUGAAAUAUUACAUUUCAGCAUUUACAUGGGUUCUGUAGAACCUUGUGUUAAAUGCAUUAAAAUGUACGCAUAGUUGUGCAUUUUCAUAAAUUCCAGUAACUUAAAGGAGACUUCCGUUGAUUUUUCACAUAGAUCUCUGUUUCUCGAGGUCACCAAGUAUUGUCGGUACGAGAAGAAGACAAAACAACUGGUUCUACUGUACCUAUCUCGAGUUGCUGCAGCCAGGCAGCUACAGUGCUACACUCUGGGGGCACGUUCACAAGCCCCCAUGUUCAUGCACUUUGGGGGCACGAAAUCAGUAAAAAAAAAAGUUAUUUUAUUUAGAAACUUCAUGAUGUAGUACUGGGUUGUGGACAUGCAUUGUUUUUGUAAAUUUUUAGAUUGUACAGAAAAAAAUAUAGCUUUAAUAUGAGACAAGAAAAUAAUGAUGUAUAACACCAAAGAUCCUUAAGGCGGAGCAAGACAUUUCGUCGUAGUUCAUGUCUAUGGGCGCAAAAUGGGGAUCACUUCCUCUGCAUAAAGAGGUGUGUCAUUGCAUGUCAGACUGGCGUAUUCAUGGGUUUCAUCAGGUCCCUUUCCUGAGGUGUAUAAAAUAAAUCAAGCACCUGAUUAUCAAUAGAUAUCAGUUGCUUGAUAAAUACACCUGUGGAAAGGGACCAGAUGAAUUGAUGGUGUUCCAAAAUAAUCUUGCUGCUCUUUCAAGCCUUCUAAUAACAUUUAAUAAUUCUGAUAUGGAAAAUAACACACACAAAGCAUGUACACUUUCAAGGAAUUGAAU